AUGAUCGACGUGUGGUCCUCCACCGCGGUGAAGUUGCCCAAGCUGCUCCCGGCGAGAUCCGAUAUCCCCUUGCCAAUGGACGAUCUGCCGUUUCUCUCACUGAGCCGCAGCGGAGCCGGAGCACCGGGUACAUCAUCGACGGCGCAAAGCUCCCAACUCCUAUCGCAGAUGGUGAGGCUUAACAGGAUCCUGCUAGAUGUCAACGACUUUAACCAGCGUUGCGUUGCGGAUAACCCUCCCUGGGAUGCCCUCGAGCAAGGCGUUGAGUCUCUCAGCAUGAGAAUGGAAGACUGGCUCGCCGCUCUCCCGGCGAAUAUGCGUGAUACCCCAGAGAACUUUGCCUGGUUCGCGGCUCGGGGCCAGGGCCGGACGUUUGCGGCCGUUUAUCUCGGCUACUACCACUUUGGCCAGCUCUUGUAUUAUCAGUUCCUCUACGGCGCGGCGACGACGACAGCCAUCAAUCCCACAGCCUCGGCCUCUGUCGCGAGGAGGGACUCGUACGCGAAGCGCUGCAAGGAACACGCGGCUCGGUUAUGUGAUAUGGUCUACCGCGCCCAGACAACGGCCGGGUCGGACGUGCGGUACACGAUGACUGCGCAUGUGCUCGUCAUCGCGUCGACGGUACAAAUUCACACGCUCUUGUUCAGUGGGGAUGAGGCGGAUAUCAGCGUAGCUCGGAGGCGGUUGGAGAGGAAUUUCGAGUUGCUGAUGCAGCUACGGUGUUACUGGCCGACUACUGAUCGGGCCAUUAGCCGUCUAAGAGCGUUCCAUCAGACGGCACGCACGAGCAUCGACACGAGUUUCGUUCUGGACCGUUGGAUGUUGAGGUUCCUGGUUGAGUUCGCGGAGCCAAUGGAAGAAAAGGAACGCGGAGACGGGGAGGAGAUGGAGUCAUUGUGGAUGGACGGGCCCCCGGUGAGGGGAGCCGGGCCUGUGUAG